AUCUUUGGCAGAACGACAAGUCUAGCUAGAGGCUAGAGCGCAGCUGGCUGCCAGUGCUGGUUGUCCUUCGCCCUGCUUGGACCGUUCUUUUGGCUGGGAGCACUUAUUGGGAAGGAAAGAUCUCUAGUGCAGGGUCUUUGAAUGUGGCACUGGUAGACUCAGCGCAAGUGCGGCCUUCCAUUUCUGCAAAGAUUGGUGGAGGAAGGCGGGAACAAGUGAUCGGCGCAUGGCAUCAAUGCCGCCAGCACGGCGCAUCUUUCAAAGCAUUGGCAGGCAGGGAAAGCUGCUCGAUGCCGCGUGGUGGAAAGGGACACAGGUGCCAGUCAUUGCAGAAAGUUUUGGAGGUGUGUCCGACAGUGGUGCGCCCUUGAGAUGGCCACUUUCCACUCACUCGUGUGAGGCCGCUCAGUUGCCAAAGGUUUUCUUCACAUCAGCGCCGCAGGUGGUUCACCAGGAGGGCAGGUUUGGAUUUGCAGAAGCGCCGCCAAGAAGCGGCGCUGUGGUUCAGAGGAACUUUUCAGGCAGCACCAGCGGUUCAGUGGACGAAAGAGGCGGCGCUGGUGGUGGAUCAGAUGCUCUGCGUGGCGACGCUGCUGCCACUCAACCCCUUGAAGCGGUCCAAGCAGAGAGUUCGACUGGUGGUGCUCUAAGUGGAGAUGCACCUCAGACGGCAGAGCACAGCUCUGCAGAUUCCAAGGGUGCUGAGGAGGCGAGCGAGACACGGGGCGCAGAGGCAGCUGAUCUGGCCGCAGAUGCAACGUCAACUUCAGGUUCUGUUUCUGAGAGUGCGAUUGGAUCACUGAGCGCAAAGAGGGAAGAAGCGGAAGUGAAGGAAGGUCCCGGGGACCAGGCGAUCGGUGCUUCGGUAGCAUCAGGGAGCAGUUCAAAGGAGCAGCAGCCGGAUGCUGGCGCUUCUCAAGUUGGGACAAGCGAAAAGGGUCUAAAGAAGGAAGCGGAUGGGAGCUCUGGAGGAGGGCGGCCUCCAAAUGAGGGGGAGGAGGCGGAGGCAACGGAAGUGCUGACGAGGCCCGAACCGAACAUCCUGUCCUAUGUGGCGGACCUCUUUGCGGAGGCCAGGGUUGCACUCACAAUGAUGGCCCUGAAACGCGGAAUAGAGAGGGGCUUCGACCUGGACGACUUCAAGCGAGGGGCGGAAGUGGCGUUCAGAGCAUUCAUGGAGUAUUAUCCAAAGGGCGACUUCCAGACUCUGCGGAAUAUGGUGUCACCAACGCUGCUGAAGCAUCUUCAGGACGUAUGGGACGAAUUCAAGGAGCAGGGGAAAGUCAUGGAGUGUACCUUGGAGGAUCUCCAAGGCGUUCAAGUCACCGAGAUGGACAUCUACAUGCGGAGUCCCCCCUUUUGCGACGGCGUUCCUCCUGUAGAAGGGUAUGAUGCCAACAAAUGGUUAGCAGUUUCGGUUCGUUUCGACAGCACAGAAAAUUACAGGAUGCGAGGUCCAGAAGGAAAGUUGCUCAGCUCAUGCAUCGAUAAACGAGGUCACGUGUUGAAGUUCGUACGCCAGUUGCCGCGGUUUGAUAAGGUUCCCAUGGACGAACUCGAGUCGCCGUGGUACAUCGUCAACAUCUAGCUUGCCAACCUACAAGUAGCACCAGACAUCGGAAGACCUAGUUCUGAGGGGAUAGAUCUGCAGCCGCUAGGCUGGAUUGUGAGCGCAAUCCGAAGGGGAUACGUGAACAAACAUGUUGUAAUGAAAAGGGCCGCUUCUUCUACAGCUUGAGUGUUCAGUCUGGAGCUAUAUGCUACAUUUAACAUCUUCCAUAAGGAAUCACAUCAUGCGCAUUUACAAAGGGGGGAUCGUGAUUUAGAUCAUCGGAUG